AAGACAAUCUAUUAUCAUUGCUGACGCUGUGUACAUACGAUGCCUAUCCAAUGAUAGGUUCGUCGGUUCACGCCUGUCGCGCAAGAAAACUACGAUAACGCCGCACCUUACGAAUGAGCUGCUGGACGUCAUUUAAUGCUAGGGUCCCAGCCACGUAGCCUUGUAUCGCGUCCAAGUGGUUGAGUGUGAUGCGCAGCAGGUCCGUGGGCGUGCUACAGGCAAACACUUGGUACUUGAACACCAUCGUCAUCAGGUCAUACAGCUGCAAACAGUUGAAAACAACACUGGAACAAUGACACUUCAGCGUCUGGACGUCAGCAAUGGACGUUCGGUCCGUUCAACCUGUCUCGCAACAACGGCCGGCCACUUGCUGCUGGAUGUUCAGUCGGCUGUACCUCCCGUCAGGCCUCCACCGCGAAAGAGCAGCGGCGCUCUUCUCUCGGAGAGAAAGUUUGUUCCCAUGUUGCGCCGACGGCUUGUCACUUCCUCCGAGAGAGGAACGCGCGAAGGAACGGCUUGCGGUACAGAUCCCCGACAGGCCACCAUGGAAGUGCGAAGCGGAUGCGCUGCGAUUCGGACUUUUCUGGCCGAACUUCUCUUGCGGUGUCUCGACCUCGUUGUGGACGGCAUCUUCUGGCUGGUGUACUGUUGGCGGCGGAAGAGCUGUCUCGCCCCCAUCGCGGAUAGACUUCUGCUACGACCCGCUGUCGAGCUGGCGCACGAUAUACGGCACGGAAAGAUUCGUAGCGCUGACGUGGUUCGAGCGUACAUCAACCGGAUCGAGCAAGUAGACCCGCUACUGAACGCUGUCGUUGAUGGCAGUUUCCAGGAGGCCAUCGAGGAAGCGCAGAAGGUGGACGAGCUCGUCAAACAAGGCGUUUCGCCGCAGGAGUUAGAAGUCACUAAGCCCUUUCUCGGAGUUCCCUUUAUUACAAAAAACUCGGUGGGUGUCAAAGGUUGUCUCAUCGACUUGGGCGUUCCUAACUUCGUCGGCGAACGGGCCACUGAAGACGCCCGCGUGAUCCAGCAGCUCAAGGAAGCCGGCGCCAUCUUCGUGGCCAUUACAAACACUCCCCAGCAAUGCCUCUGGACCGAGUCCUACAACAAAGUGCACGGCAGGUCGCGAAACCCGUACGACACAAGGACGACAUGCGGAGGCAGCAGUGGCGGAGAGGGCAGCCUUCUGGGUGCUGGAGCGGCACUUAUUGGAGUGGCCACAGACAUUGCAGGAAGCAUCCGCAUACCAGCCGUGUACUGCGGCGUCUUUGGACAUACGCCGACACCUGGCAUCGUUUCGAACGCUGGCCAUCGCCACUACUUCAGCGACGUCAUGAUGGAACAUUACGUAACGGGACCCAUGAGCCGGUACGCCAGCGACCUCCUACCUCUCUUCAGGGUCAUGGCUGGACCUAGCAACAACCAGAUGAAGCUAGAUCACCAGGUGGACUUGCGAGCCAUCAAGUUAUACUACAUGGAGGAUGAAGGCUGUCGAUUCUUCACCAGGGUUCACAAAGACAUGCGAUCGGCAGUUACGAACGUGGUAAAGCACUUCAAGGAGAAGCACGGAACACGGGUUGAGCAAGUGAACCUGUCAGACGCACGUUACGGGUUUGAGAUGUGGUUGGCUAAGCUCUCGGCCGCCAGCCAAGGAACGACCUUGCAGACGAUGAACGCAGACGGAAAACGUAUCAACACUUUCCUUGAGCUCUUGAAGAGCUGCGCGUGCAUGUCGCGGCACACAUUUCCUUCCAUCCUGCUGACCAUUCUGGAGACCAAACUGCUGCCCAAGCCAACUUCGAAUAUCGUGCAGAAGUUCCUGCAGAUGGCAGACAACCUGACCACCGCCUUGAAGGAUACCCUGGGGGAAGACGGCGUUCUUAUUUACCCCGGGAACAUGGAGCCGGCCCCGUACCACAACAUGCACACCUGUAAGAUCGGCGUGGUAGGCUACACGGCGGCCUUCAACGUAGCCAAAGUGCCGGCCACCGGGUGUCCCGUGGGACGGACGAAAGACGGAAGACCCGUAGGCGUCCAAGUCGUAGCAGGGCCCUACCAGGAUCACUUGUGCCUCGCUGUCGCAUCGGAAAUUGAGAAAGCCUUCGGUGGCUGGCAAAGCCCGUGCAGCAUACAGUGUGAUUGUACUUAGGAGAGUGAGGCUCGUAUUCGUGCAGUGAACCUUUAAUAAGCAGCUCGCGCACGGCGCGUGUGCAACAAGUGCGCGGAGCUUCACUCCAGAGAAGGCAGCAACUGCUGAACGUUGUUCAAGUUCGUAUAGUGGUUAUGUCUCGUAUUCUGCGAACUUGGUCUUCGAUGUCAGUUGUGUGUCCUCCGAAGACAUUCAGGACGGAGGCUGCCACUUUUCUACUCCCUUCGUGCGUUCUUCCUCAUGCACGUUCGGACUCCAGUGCUCUGUUCUCUAGGAAGGGUAACGGUUCCUCCACAGCUUCCGUCCAUCAUUGCACCUUCGUGAUACGUUAAGGGGGUGGAUUGAUACCACUCUCUCUACUACUGCGAAGAAAGAACAGUUUCUGACGCGAAUGUAAAUAAAGAAGCGUUGGGAUGCAUAGAAGGA